ACCAUGAACUAAAACAAAUCUGAACAAGUAACAGUGCUGAUGUCUGCAGCGCUGUUGACUGCUCUGACAGAACUUGCACAAAAGUAUACCCUGCAUAUUUUAAAAUGGACCUUUUCAACUCUGCUUUUGGAACAAACACCACUUUUAUCCGUCCUCCUUAUUUCAUCAUCAGUGGAUUUAUUGGUUUACCAAACAUGAAGUAUUACUAUGUCUUUCUCUUUUUUGUAUUUAUAAUCUCAGUGCUGGGAAACGUGGCUGUAAUGGCUGUAAUCUGUCUGGAUCAUAACCUCAGAGCUCCAAAGUAUGUUGCAGUUUUUAACCUUGCGUUUGUGGACCUUUUAGGUAGCUGUGCUCUGGUACCAAAGGUCCUUGAUAUCUUUUUGCUUAAUCAUUAUUAUGUCCCCUACAAUGACUGCUUGGCGUUUCUGUUCUUCUGCUACAUUUGCCUUUCAAUGCAGGCUCUUAAUCUGGUUGCUCUCUGCUACGAUCGCCUGAUGGCCAUCAUGUUUCCUCUGCACUACCAUGUAAAGGUUACUCAUAAGAUUAUGUUUUCCAUGCUUACCUUUUUUUGGCUUUUUGUAAUAACUUGUGUUUUAAUUGCAAUUGGCCUUCUUACAAGACUUUCCUUCUGCAAGUCUUUGGUCAUUAACAGCUAUUUCUGUGAUCAUGGCCAGUUGUAUAAACUUGCUUGCAAUGACAAUUUUCCUAAUUCAGUCAUUGGUAAUUUAUUACCAGUGCUUCUUACGUGGCUCCCUUUUAUAUUCAUUGUGUCCAGUUACAUUUGUAUUGGUUGUGUUUUGGCUAAAGUUACCGCAGCUCAUGAAAGAGCAAAAACCUUUAAAACCUGCACAGCUCAUCUCUCGUUGGUGGUAAUCUACUUCCUCCCGAUAAUAAUCACAUUUACUAUGAGUUCGAGGAUACAUCCGAAUGCCCGGAUCAUCAACUUGUCUCUUACUUCUGUUUUUCCACCCAUGUUGAAUCCAAUCAUUUAUGUUUUGCAGACACAAGAAAUAAAAGUUUCACUGAAGAAGAUAUUGAAAAUCAGAAGGCAAUCCAGAAUUACUGGAAAGUAGGAUGUGGUUCAGAUUAUAUGCAAACAUUUGUUGUUUUUGUUUUUGUAUUGUACGUCUUUUUCUUCUUGUCAUAAUAAUAAAAAUAUUC